AUGGAUAAUGCGAGUGGUAUAGAAGACAAAGUGGGUAGGCAUAUACCUGCUAACAGUGUGGUGCCUUUUCCCGUUCCUCGCUUGUUUUUGAACUUUACGAUGACAAUCCGUUGGGGAAUUGUAACUUCAGGGAAAAUCUCCCAUGACUUCGUCAAUGCAUUUAACAGCUAUCCUGAUAUUGGAGACCAGGUCAUAGCUGCGGUGGCUGCCCGGGACAAGUCCAGAGCAGAGGAAUUUGCUAAAAUACAUAAAAUUGGCAAAGUAUUCAGCACGUACAAUGAUAUGGCAAAAAGUAGUGAUAUCGAUGUGGCAUAUAUUGGAGCUCUCAAUCCUGACCACUACGAACUAACAAAGUUAUUUCUCGAGUCUGGCAAACAUGUGCUAUGUGAAAAACCGUUAUGUUUAAACUUAAAAGAAACACAAAGUUUGAUCAACAUCGCGAAAAGCAAAAACCUUUUCUUAAUGGAAGCUGUGUGGUCUCGUUUUGCUCCAGCAUACUUAGCCUUGGAAAAAGAAAUUCAAUCGGGGAAAUUGGGUGAUAUACAAUUUGUCGAAGUCAAUUUUGGAGUUCCAAUUGCAAAUGUUGAUAGAGUAAGAAAGAAAGAUUUAGGAGGUAGUGCAAUUUUAGACAUCGGUAUUUAUAAUCUACAAUUUGCACAGUUUGUAUUUAAAGAAGAACCUAUAAAGGUUACUGCUGUUGGUGAACUAAAUGAUGAAGGUGUGGAUUUGGUCGACGCAGUCGUUCUGGAAUAUUCGGGUGGUAGGAGCGCUGUACUCAAUGUACAUUCAAAAGUAAAAUUGUGGAACAAAGCCACCGUCUACGGGACUUCCGGAAGAGCAACAGUUGAGGAUCCCUUUCACUUUCCGGAUACCUUAAUUCACGUUGAUGGAAAAGUAGAAAAGUUUCCUCUACAUGAAUCUAGUUUAAACUACAACUUUGAAAACAGCGCUGGGUUGGUGUACCAAGCUAUCGAAGUUGCACGUUGUAUCCGAGAGGGUUUGAAAGAGUCUCCUCGUAUGUCUCAUCAAGAAAGUCUCGUACUUGCUAAGCUCAGGGAUAUUGUACGAAAGCAAAUUGGAGUUCACUUUGAUGUUGACGACAAGAAAUAU